UUAAAAUCUACUUUUCAACUUUCAACACACUUUCUUCAUAGAAGUAUUUUUAGUCGAUAUUAAAAGUUAAAAUAAUCUAAUAAAAACCAGAUUUUUUAGUUUACCUAACGCAUCAUUGUUAAGUAUUCUGGAGUUCUCGUUAAUUAGAUUUGAGUACAUUUGAAGUGAAAAAUGCCUGGCUUAGCUACCAUGUCUCUUGAUAAUAUGUAUUGUACUCGCUGUGGGGAUGGAUUUGAGCCAAAUGAGAAAAUUGUGAACUCCAAUGGAGAAUUAUGGCAUACAAAUUGUUUUGUGUGUGCCCAGUGCUUUCGCAUGUUUCCUGAUGGUGUCUUCUAUGAAUUUGAGGGACGAAAGUAUUGUGAACAGGAUUUCCAAGUUUUAUUUGCACCAUGCUGUGCAAAGUGUGGAGAGUUUGUGAUUGGCCGCGUUAUAAAGGCGAUGAACUCUAAUUGGCAUCCGGCCUGCUUCCGAUGUGAAGAGUGUAAUGUAGAGCUUGCAGAUGCCGGUUUUAUCAAGCAUGCUGGUCGAGCAUUGUGCCAUGUAUGUAACGCGCGUAUCAAAGCGGAUGGGCUGCAGAACUACAUGUGUCAUAAGUGCCAUGGAGUAAUUGACGGAGAACCUUUACGUUAUCGGGGAGAAGUUUACCAUGGCUAUCACUUUACCUGUGCUACCUGUGGAGUUGAGCUGGAUCAUACAGCCAGAGAAGUGAAAAAUCGUCCUGGAUAUGCUGCAAAUGAUGUUAAUAACCUCUUUUGUCUUCGUUGCCAUGAUAAAAUGGGUAUUCCAAUCUGUGGUGCUUGCCGACGUCCCAUCGAGGAGAGAAUCGUUACUGCUCUCGGGAAACAUUGGCAUGUUGAGCAUUUCGUUUGUGCCAAAUGCGAGAAACCAUUUCACGGCCAUCGUCAUUAUGAAAAGAAAGGCUUGGCCUACUGCGAACAACAUUAUCACCAGUUGUUCGGCAAUUUGUGCUACGUCUGUAAUCAAGUUAUCGCCGGCGACGUAUUCACCGCAUUGAACAAGGCUUGGUGCGUACAUCAUUUUGCGUGUUCCGUUUGCGAUGCGCCGCUGAGCACGCGUAGCAAGUUCUACGAAUACGACGAGAGGCCCGCCUGUAGACGCUGCUACGAGAAGUUCCCGGCUGAACUACGACGUCGGCUACGUCGGGCUCAUCACUACACGGUCCGCCGUUAACGAAAAAUACAAGGAAUAAACGACAUUAAUCUGUCUAUACCAGUGGUGGGCAAACAUUUUUAAUGGCGGCCACAAUGUUUAGGAAAUACUAGAGGAGGGCCAG